UUGCAGCCCCGCCCUGACCGAGGUCCGGGGCCUAAUAGACUGAACUGGUCGCUCAGCCCCUGUCGGAGGGUCGGAGCCCUGAGCUGUCGUUGUUGCCCCAGGUAGUGAGACGGCCUGGCUCCCAGCCGCCCCAGAGAGGGGCAACCCCCAAUAGUGGACGUCUACACGUGGUACCAGAAGUAGGGACUCCAUCCCGAACCCUGAUCCUUGUCAGAAGGGAUCUGAGGAGACUUGCCUGCGGCAGCCAUGGACAUGGACAAGCUGAUGAAAUUCUUGGCAGAGAACCAACAGCAGCAGCAACUGGUCCAGCAGCUCGGGAUGCAGCAGCAGCAGCUGAUCCUGGAACUGGGAUGCCAGAACCGAGACCACCAGCAACAAUGCCUGCAGCAGUUGGUGACCUUGCUGCCCCAUCCUGCCAAGUCCCAGCCGGUGGGGCCCCCGGGACCGCCCGGCAAUGCCUCGCCUAUCUGGCUAACGAAAAUGAGCCCCAGCGACAACCCAGAAGCUUUUCUCGUCACGUUUGAAUGGGUGGUGGUUGUUGCUGAUUGGGCCCCGGACCAAUGGGCUACCCUCCUGGUGCCGUAACUGACUGGAACUGCUCAGACGGUCUAUCGGGGUCUGUCCAUGGAGGUGGCUCGGGACUACAGUCAGGAAAAAGCCGCAAUUUUAGAUGCCUUGGACAUGAGUCCAGAAACCUUUCGGCAGCGGUUUUGGAGCCUGGCCUACCCCACAGGGGCCCAGCCCCAAAUGGUGGUUCAGGAGCUAAGGGAAGCAUGCAAGCGGUGGCUGCAGCCUGAAAGACGAACUCCGGAGGAGCUUACCGAACAAAUCGUGCUGGAACAAUUCACCCACAUACUCCCGCCGGGAGGAAGGGCUUGGGUCCUCCGCCAUCACCCGGCGACGCUAGCCACCACCGUUACCCUGAUGGAGGACUUUCUAGCCACUGAGGCGCCGGUGGGUCCGACUGUAAGAGCAGCUCCACCCGGAGUGAGGCACCCUAACCCAGAGAAGAGGGGGGCGCCCGCCCGGACUGACUCCCAAGUUUCCUCCCGGAGUCUGGAGCCCCGAACCCGGCCAGCGGAGGCCCCAGGGCAACAAGCUCCAGCACCUUCUCCAGUUGCUCGGAGGAUCAACCGGAACCCUCCCCGGGGAGUCGCAGGAACAAGUCCAUGUCUGGGACGGACAGACCUUGGGCCCUGUUUUUCCUGCAGGGAGUAUGACCAUUUACAAUGGGACUGCACAGCGAUGGAGUGCCACUUUGGCCAGGUCUGCUCAGGGGAAGCCCAUGUCCGACGUCCACAAGCCGCCAAGAUCACAGUGCCAGUGGUCAUGGAGGGUUACCCAACGGUGGCCCUCAUUGAUUCAGGCUGUGACCAGACGCUGGUCCGCCAAAACUUAGGCCCCCAGGCCAACACCCGCCUGGGGAUGAUCCAGCUACAGUGUAUCCACUGGGACAUACGGCUGUACCCCAGUACUCAAGCCCAGCUAACCGUGGGUGGGGUCACCCAACCGAUGGUGGUAGGUCUAGCACCGCGCCUUGCAUACCCAGUGAUCCUGGGGCGGGACUGGCCAGAGUUCCCAGAAGUCCUCCGCUGCAACACCAGGGAACGCCCGAGGGUCACACCAGCCUUGGAAGGAGACCUCCCCUGAGACUGGGGCAGAGGAAGGGGAAGCACCCAACCCCACCGAACCGACGGGAGAAUCGGAGUACUCUCCCCCGGAAGCUGUUGGGGAGCCCUCGCUUCACACUGACUUUUGCCACAAUCAACGGGCCGAUCUCACACUCAAGCGGGCGUACGAGCAGUUGGCCACUGUUGAGGGCACCGUCAUCGAUCCACACCGGGUGGCCCGGUGGCCACACUUUGAACUGUGGCAGGAGGGCCUUUAUCGGGUUGAGAGGGGCCCCUGCACGGGAGAAUCCCAGACCCAACUCCUCGUGCCUCAAUGUCAUCGGCGGGCCAUCAUGAAACUAGCCCACGACAUCCUGGCGGCCGGACACCUGGGCCAUGAGAAGACCCUGUCCUGGAUAUUGACGUGCUUCUUCUGGCCGGUAUACACCAGGAGGUGAGGAACUACUGUAAGUCCUGCCCAGACUGCCAGUUGGCUGUUCCUGCACAGACCCCCAAGGCGCCCCUGGUCCCCAUGCCCUUGAUCAAAACCCCCUUUGAGCGUGUGGCCGUGGACCUGGUGGGGCCUCUCCCCAAAAGUGUUGCUGGGUUUCAGUAUAUAUUGGUCAUGGUGGAUUAUGCUACCCAGUUCCCCGAGGCAAUAGCCCUCCAAAACAUCACGGCCCGCAGCAUCGCAGGUGAGCUCGUGAAGAUCUUCGCCCGCAUAGGCUUGCCCCGGGAGAUCCUCACAGACCAGGGCACCAACUUUACUUCUUGGCUGUUGCAGCAGGUGUGUGAGCUCCUGGGAAUCAAGCAACUACGUAUGUCGGUCUACCAUCCCCAGACCGACAGGUUGGUCGAACGAUUUAACCGGACCCUUAAGAACAGGCUACGCAAGUUCCCCCAAGAAGAUCUCCGCUGAUGGGACCAGUUGCUUCCACCUCUGCUCCUGGCAGUUCGGGAGGUUCCUCAGUCAUCUACAAAAUUUUCUCUGUUUGAACUACUGUACGGUCGACGCCCACAGGGCCUAUUGGACCUAAUGAGGGAGACAUGGGAGCAAGCCCCGUCCCCAGCCCAGGGCCUCUUAAAAUACGUACUCUAGCUCCAAGAGUGCCUUACAAAGGCUGGGGCCCUGGCGCGUGAGAAUUUGAAGGCUACCCAGGAGGCUCAGGCCCAGACCUACAACCGUGAGGCGCGGACUCACGACUUCCAACCCGGAGAUCGGGUUUUGCUCCUCCUCCCCUCCAGUGAAUCAAAGAUCUUGACUCUGUGGCAAGGGCCUUAUGAGGUGAUCCGAAAGAUCGGGCCCGUCACAUACGAGAUCUACCAGCCCAACCGAUGCAAGAAAAGGCAACGCUACCAUGUGAACCUUCUCAAACCUUGGCGGGAGCGAGAGGGACUGUUAAUUAACCCAUACCCACCGGAACCCGAGCUGGGUCCCCAGGUAACAUGUUUGGAGGGCCCCAGCUUGGAGAGACCCUGACUGUGGAACAACUGAAACAGACCCAGUGUCUCCUACAAGCUUUCCCCCGCACCUUCACAACCCAACCGGGAUCACCCUCAUCCAUCAUACAAUUCAGACAGAGCCUGGGAUGGUGAUCCGAGACGCGACCAGGCCCCUGCCAUAUCACAUGCGACAGGUCGUCGAGGAGGAAGUACGGGCCAUGCUGGACUUGGGAGUCAUCGAACCGUCACAAAGCGAAUGGCGCAGCCCGGUAGUGAUGGUACCAAAGCCCGAUGGCACCCGACGGUUCUGCAUCAAUUUCAGAUGCGUCAAUGUCAUCUCAAAGUUCGACGCCUAUCCGAUGCCCUGGGUAGAUGAGCUGCUCGUCCGGUUGGGAGAGGCCCGUUACAUUACCACCCUUGAUCUGAGCCACCUACCUUGAGGAUGUGGUUAUUUAUAGUCGCCAAUGGGAGAACCACCUAGCACGGGUAGCAGCAGUCCUGAGGUCCCUGCGGGCAGCCGGGUUAACUGCCAACCCAAAGAAGUGCCGUAUUGGCUGGCAAGAAACGACCUACCUGGGGUAUACCAUAGGGAAUGGACAAGUAAAACAAUUUGCUGCCGUGACUACGGAUUCCACGGAUGACCCCCCUGGACCGAAGAACCGCAGACGGCUUCCUCCCACACCCCAGGCCCACCCAAGAGGCUCUGUGGAGUUCCCUCCUCUAAAACCCAGAAGCAUCGCUGGCACCAUUUCCCGGUAGUCCACGGACUGUCUAUGCUGAACCAGGACCUGGAAAACCAGGCAAGGAGGAGGUGGCUAUGGCAGCACGGCUACGAGAGUGAUGAGGACAUGGACACAGAAUUCUCUCAAACAGCAGGCCAUGGCGUUUUGGAGAUCAUGCUGGUAAUGGGGCAGGUUCUAGCCAUUGAAUGCCAAUUUUGGGGCCCGGGAAACAAGCACAGACUGGUGUUGCAGGUGUGGGAUGAUUCCCAUUGGCUGCAAAACUUUCGCAUGCGUAAGGGCACUUUCUUUGAACUUUGUGACUUGCUUUCUGCUGCCCUGAAACACCAGAAUACCAAGAUGAGAGCAGCCCUCACAGUUGAGAAGCGAGUGGCAAUAGCCCUCUGGAAGUUUGCAACGCCAGACAGCAACCGGUCAGUCAGGAAUCAAUUUGUAGUGGGCAAAUCUACUGUGGGGGCUGCUGUGAUCCAAGUAGCCAAAGCAAUCACUAAGCUGCUGCUACAAAAGGUAGUGACUCUGGGAAAUGUGCUGGUCAUAGUGGAUGGCUUUGCUGCAAUGAGAUUCCCUAACUGUGGCGGG